AUGACAGAGGUCAGAAUUGUUCCACGCGAUUCAACUUAUCAUUUCAUAACUAAUGAUUCAAAUUUUAACAACGCGAAACCUGCCUAUCGCAGUACAUUUUCUUCAUCUAACGGAGGCUCCCAACUUUCCAUUCUUGCUCAAAGGUUUCGUGAGAAUUGGUUAAAGUGUAAUCCAUCGUUUCGUGAUUCUGAUGAUUCCCUGACUAACCUGACUUGGCUGUUCGAUAUGAACCCAUUUUCUCUCGAGUCCGACGGUUUUGGCGCGAGCAGAGGCAACAAAUUCGUUAUCGACCGCCCAACAGGUAGUUUGCUGGAUCCCCAGGUUAGAAUGGAUUAUCGAACGAAGUGGACCGGAAAGCCUCCGUUUUCUUACGCCUCUUUAAUCUGUCUGGCUAUGAGAGAAUUGGGGAAGCCCAAGGUUACCCUGUCGGAUAUUUAUGGCUGGAUCAUGGCCAAUUUUGCGUAUUAUCGCCAUACAGAUUCUAGCUGGCAGAACUCCGUGCGGCACAAUCUCUCUCUGAAUAAGUGUUUUGAGAAGGUACCCCGCGAGAAAGGCGAACGCGGAAAAGGGGGUUUCUGGAGGGUGAACCCUCGGCAUGCAGACUGGUUGGAGGCCAAUUUGGCCAAAUGUCGUCGAGCUGCGCCGCCUCCAGGGCCUCCGCCUCCAAUUCCGCGGUCUCUUCUUCUUGAAAAACAACAGGAACAGCAGCAACAACAACACUACUAUCAACAACAGCCGCACCAUACAGACGGCAUCUACCUCACCUUCUCACCAACCGCCUCACAACCGGCACCAUUGCCUCAACAGUCACAGCCACAACAGCAUCAUGCCUCAACACUCAUCUGCUAUCAGUCAGUCAGUGUACCUCCGGACGUGUCCAAUGAGAUAGAAACAGUCACCGUUAAAACAGCGUCUGAGGCCUUUCAACAGCACCAGUCUCAUCCUCAGGCGCAACCACACGUGCGUCGCAGAAAGACACCACCGUGUUCGAUGUACCCACCGGCGGAGAAGUUUGGCGGGGAACCGGAUUUGGUGGAGGUGGGUCGUAAACCACCUCCAUACCCUGCUUUUUCGAAUCGGAAGAGGCUAGCUUUGGCUGCAUCCGCUUCUCGUCAGCGGCAUUCCAUGUGGUCUCAGUCAUUGGGUCUCAAAAGAGACACCACACGACCCGGUGUAGUUAGUGAGAAUGGAUAUAUAAACCAAAAAUCAUGGAAAUCGGAAGAGUCAGGGUCUAGGUUCUCCCACUUUCAGUCUGCCUCUUCAUUCGCAGUGCGGAAAAGACGUAAUCUCGUGAUGGACACUAGCGAGGCGUUUUAUUUGCCUCAAGCUAGAAGGCAGCAGCCCACCACAAUGGUGGACACUUAUGAACACAAACUUUCCACCAAUGAAGCUUCCACUUACGCUUUCGCGUCCACCUCUGAAGGAUCGAAAAGUCGCGUAGAGACACAAAUGAGGCAGACUUUGCCCGAGGAACAGACAUCUCUUCUGCCAGAUCAUAUCAGUCUACCCUGUUUGGACUCACUACCUGGCAUUGCUGAGGAGCCAGAAAAUAUGGAGACGAACACCACUGUCGUGGAGUCAUGGAAGGAGGAUUUUUUCGACUUUCCCGGUGUCCUACCAUGGCAGACGGUAUCGGCGGGAGAGGAUCGUUCUAAUCUCACAGUAGAAUGUAACACACCAGAUCUAGAACCAACCAGUCGCACAGUGCAGUCUCCAUCUUCCUCGAGUCCGAGUCCUCUAGCCUCUUUUGCUUCCUUUGGACAGUCGGUGGCUAGUUCGACCUCUUCGAACACGGAUUCAGGCGUUGCAUCUUUGGUAAACCCUUCCGAUGGUCUAGAUUUGGGUCCGCUUGAUCUUGACUUUGACACAGUCUCGUCUGCACUUAAUGAUCUGGUCGAAUCAAACAGUUGUGUUAUUCCACCGAUUGACGUAGACUUUGCCGAUCUGGGAGAUUCCAUGUCCAAGUCGCUCCAGACGCCAACAGUGUCAUCGGCGUCUGCGUUCGAUGCACCAUCAGAAAGUCGAGAUUUCAACGAUUCCACCUGGAAUUUUGACAUCAAUAAUGGUGUCAGUGAAGGUGGAUUCUUUGAGAACGGCCUUGCUCUUACCUAG